AUGCUGGCCAACCUGCUCAGCGUGGGCGUCUCGCUCGUGCGUGGCGUGCCGACAGAGUUUGGCGAGUGCGCAAAGAUGGCCAACCUGCUCUCCACCCUCCGCCCGACCGAGUGGGGGACGCAGUUCAACGUGCGCGCUGUGCCAGACUCGCAGCAGCCGGGCGGCGCGGUCAAGAAGGACCUCGCGUACACGCCCUUCCCGAUCGGCAUGCACACCGACAACCCGUACCGCGACCCGACGCCAGACUUCCAGCUGCUGCACGCCAUCGAGCAGUGCUCCUGCCCCGAGGGCUUCCACGUCGUCGAGCAGCUCGCGCGCGACGACCCCGACGCCUUCACCCUCCUCGCCACCGUCCCCGUCCGCUUCGAGAACAACGGCGGCGACAACUCCUCCGCCCUCUGGUACCACGUGCCCCACCUGCAGCUCCACCCGGAGCACCUCGUCCCAGGGGCGCCGCCCUGCCUCGGCGCACGCUGCGUGCGCGCCAUCCGCUUCUCGGCAAAGUCGGGCGGGUUCGCGCCCGGCGCUCUGCCACACGAGACGCUCUCUCGCUUCUACGCGGCGCGGCGCCGCUUCUCGCGGAUGAUCCACGACCCGCAACACACGGUCUCGCUGCAGUUCCGGCCCGGAGAUCUCGUCGUGUUCGACAACCAACGGCUGCUGCACGCCCGCUCCGCCAUCGCGCCGACCGACGGCCAGCGGCUGGUGCAAGGCUGCUACCUGAACCGCGACGGCGUCGAGCUCGAAGCGGAAGGGCUUCUUUUGUUUGAAGGGCGUAGGCACGGAGAUUUCUAUCGUUAG